GGUGGAUAAAGGGGCCGGGCGGGAGGCGGCCGAGGUCUCUCUCCUCGGACCGAGCAGCGGGCGCGCCGCGGCACCAUGGCGAGCGAUGGGGACACCCAGAAGCUGCGGUUCGGGCCCUGGCUGGUGAGCGCCGUGAGCAGCGGGAACUACCAGGGGCUCUGCUGGACAGACCCGGACCGCGGGGCCUUCCGCAUUCCCUGGAAGCACAACUCCAGGAAGGAUGUCACCAGCAGCGACCGGGAGAUCUUCAAGGCCUGGGCAAAGGCAAGUGGACGGUAUGAGGAGUGCCCUGAGAACCCAGUCAAGUGGAAGACCAACUUCCGCUGUGCCCUGAAGAGCACCCACAUGUUUGUGGAGCUGGAGGACCACUCCAGGUGUGGCAAUGACCCACACAAGGUGUUUGCCAUUGACCCAGACAUCUGGCAUGGCAAGGGUGGAGAUUUCGGCAGCCCCGACCCUGAGGUGGACCAGCAGCCACUGCACCAGCAGUCGCAGCUGCAGUUCAACCCCCAAGAUGUGGCCCCAGAAAUUGCUCCCCCAGGCUGCACCGACCCCGUACAGCCACCAUCGCUGGAGGAGCUGCAGUGGGUGCUGCAGCAGUGUGGCAUCUCGCCCCGCGACCUUGGCCCCCCAACCCCAUCCUGGGCAUCUGCAGGGGAUGCCCCCCAGCAGGACAUUCUGCUCCAGCCUUAUCCAGACCUCAGCCAAAACUGCCUCCAGCCUCCCCCCCAGCAGUGGGUGCCUGCAGUGGAGCAGCCCCCCUUGGAUGCCUACAGCCCCCAAGACCCUAUGCUGCUGGAGCAGCAAGGGGCCAUGACACUGCCAUGCCAGCAGCCAGAGGUCCCCGUCCCUGUGCCCACCCCACAGGAGGUGAUGCUCCUCACUGCUGCCGCUGCCGCCCCUGUGCCACCACCGGAGGAUAACACAGAUGGCUUCAUCCCCAUCCUGGAUGUCAGCGUCUACUACCGGGGGAAGCUCGUCCACCAGGAGGAGGUGGUGGGCAGCCGGUGCCUGCUGGUGUACCAGAGCUCUGACCCGGCGGUGGCCGGGCGCCCCGGGCGCCUGGUGCACUUCCCCAGCCCCGCCGAGCUGGCCGACGGGAAGCAGCGGCAGUUCACCGAGGAGCUGCUGCGCAGCGCGGGGCUGCAGCUGGAGCAGCGCGCCCGCAAGCUCUUCGCCACCCGCCUCAAGAAGUGCAAGGUCUUCUGGGCCCUGUCCCAGCAGCUUGAGGGCACUGUGGGCCUCCCGCCCAACCCGCUCGGCCGGGACCAGGAAACCCCCAUCUUUGACUUCACUGAGUUUUGCACAGAGCUGAGGGACUUCCGCAAUGGCCAAAGGAAGCGGUCCCCUGACUUCACUAUCUACCUCUGCUUUGGGCAGUCCUUCGUGGCCAAGCCUAAGGAGUCCAAGCUCAUCCUGGUCAAGCUGGUGCCCAAGUUCUGCGAGUACUGGUACGAGCAGGUCCUGCGGGAAGGAGCGUCCUCCCUGGACAGCGGCACUGUCAGCCUGCAGCUCUCCGACUCCUUCAGCCUCUUCGAGCUCAUCGAGCAGUACAACAUGCAGCUGGACUGACCCACCCGGGACAGGCACCAGCCGGAGCCUGACGCAUCGGCGGCAGCGCAAAUCGGCAUCCCCCCUGGAACACCGUGGUGGGAUGCUUAUGGUGGGGAACUUUCCUCCUCUGCAUCCCACACCCCAAGGGCAGCUUCGGUGGCCUGUCCUAGAGCUGUCACCUUGCUUUUCCCCUCCAUCAGCUGCUAACAGGUGUGUUUGUGGAGGGUGGUCAUUUUCAGGUUUAUUUUCUUAACUUUUCUAAGUUUAAAUAUAUAUGUAUAGAACGGUGCUUCCUGCUUGCUGAUGUUGCCUGGACAUCUACCCUCACUGUCAGUCUGAGACCUUCACACCCCUGCCCCCAAAACCACAGGAUCUGUGGCCAGCCUUAUCCCAGCAAAGCCCCUGCUGUCAGCGGACCUGUACCAGAGCGCUUCUCACCACCUUCUCUCCCUUACAUUUGUGUAAAUGAGGUGUCUUCCCAUACAUGACAGGAUGCAUUUAUCGAUGCAUUUAUUUCCGCGCAUUAAGGCUGCAAACAUGACUUGGAGGCAAAGUGCGUUGAGGACAGCUUGGCUAAACAAGAAUAGGUCUUCAGCAAGUGCCUCGCCGCUGGCCUGGAGUUACUCACUUGAGAUGUUCUGGAACAACAAGAAGCUGACCAGCCCCACCAGCACCGUGGUAGCAACCACCCAGCCCCUACCCUCACUUGGCGGGACUCAGCACGUACGUACGUGGUGUUCGUGCCCUCCAUGUCUGGCCAGAUGAGCUCCGCGGGGCAGCCGGCCGUGCGGCAGGGCGUCUUCACACACAAGUGCAGCCCCGGCCACUCCUCAGCGAGCUUCUGGACGAUGGACACAACCGCCAUGAGGAAGUCCCAGGCAAACUGGAAACCUUCCAGGCGAAAGGAGAAGGUCUUGCUUACCCACAGCCACCCAACCGCGGCAGCCCCGGAGAUGCUGUGGUGACGCACGCGCCUCUUCCAGCCUGCCAGACCACAGCCAGAAUGGUGGCACCAGCUCCAUUUCUCAAGUUAACCAAGGCCCAUCAGCCUUCAAAGGGUAUUCAAAGCUACGUUGGAAGAGCUCUCCGACUUGGACGGCCCUUUUGCUAAUCACCUGGAGACCCAGCCUGAGAUGGCACUCUGCUGGGACCUCAUGGGGAAGGAUGACCGGUUUGCUCUAUGAGAAGACUGAAAACUUGACUUUCCACUUUCCUGUGAUACUUUGAGAGGAAUCUGACCAGGCUGCAUGGAGAACGAAGAAAUCUUUACUUGAACUGCUGGUGGGUCCUGGCCAGACUAGGGUGUGUGGCAGGGGUUUUCUGGGACACUCUGUCCAGACGGAUGGAAGUGGCAGGGGGGAGCUAAGGGGGGACGUGUGUUCGGGAGUCAUGAAAUAAGGAUCAGGGAUCCUUACCUAUCCUUCCUGCUGGCUUUCUGCACCGAAGCUCCAGGUAGCUGUAGGCUCUCUGGUUAUUCUCUUUGAUCAGCAGAGGUUUGCCAUUGCAUACAAGCAGGCAGGUCGCCUUGGCCACCCAGUGUGUGGAGUAGAAGGAGCAAGCUUUCACCAGGAACCUGCAAGGAGAUUGCCCAUGGCUUUCGCCAGCCUCCUCCCUGCUUCUCACACACUGGGAGAAAGUGUGGCUUUCAACGUGGGCUUGAAAAUGUAAACCCAGUAUGAGUAGAAACAGGGGCAGACACCAAAUGAGGACCCUGCCCUACUAAAAGUCAAGCAGUGAGAGCAGCCUCUUAAGCCAAACGCUGCUUCCAUCUGUCAUGGUUUUGGCUGGGAUAGAGUUAAAUUUCUGCCUAGUAGCUGGUACAGUGCUGUGUUUUUGCUUCAGCCUGAGAAUAAUGUUGAUAAAACACCAACGUUUUAGCUGUUGCUGAGCAGUGCUUGCCCUAACCAAGGACUUUUCUGCUCCUCACACCAUCCUGCCAGCGAGGAGGCUGGGGGUGCACAAGAAGCUGGGAAGGGACAGGACAGCUGACCCCAACUGGCCAAAGGGAUAUUCUCUACCACAGAACAUGAUGCUCAGCAUAUAAACUAGGGGGAAAGCUGGCUGGAGAGCUGCUGCCUGGGAACAGGCUGGGCAUCAGUUGGUGGGUGGUGAGAAAUUGUUUAUCAUUUGCAUCGCUUGGGUUUCAUUUGUCUCUCUUUGUGUUAUUUUACUUUUUGUUAUAAUUGGGGUGUUUUAAAUUUUACCUCCACCAUUAAACUGUUCUUAUCUCA